CCGAUACGGCACACACGGUACGAUAUCCUAGGGAACAAUCACCGCCGACCAUCGAACGACAACACACGCCACCAAGCACGCAGUUGUCUCUCGAGCACCUGUGCGCACGGUACCAGUGUACGAUGAGGAUUGCAUCCCGCCCUUUCUUUCUAUUGACCGCCGCAAGGUUCUCAGCGCUGGACACAUCCACGGCAUUUGCUCCCCGCCGAUCGAUUGCAAACCAGCACGGCAACUCGGGGCACAGCCACCGUUCCUUUCGAAGAAACCUGUCUUCCUCCUCGUUGCGGUCGUCGCUGGCGUCGUGGUCCUCGUCCUCGUCGUCGUCGUCUUCCCUGAGAAUGUCUUCUACCGAUGCGGACCGAGCCGAUGCCUCCAUGCUUCGGGUCGCUCUCUGCCAGUUUCACGUGGGCCACGACAAGGACGCCAACGAGGAAACCGCCAGAACCUACCUGGCGGAGGCAAAAGAAAAGGGUGCCUCCAUGGCGGUACUCCCGGAAAUUUGGAACAGUCCCUACGCCACGUCCGCAUUCCCGGACUACGCCGAAUCGCUCCCCGACAUCGGCGACGGAUUGGAAAGCGCCGAUGGCGGAAGCGACGGUCCGAAAUGGUCCUCGUCGGCCUCCCGGCUGUUGAUGCAGGCGGCCAGGGACCACGGCAUGUGGAUCAUCGGGGGAAGCGUGCCCGAACGAGUCCUGGAGGACGGCGAAGAAAAGAUCUACAACACCUGCCUCGUCCUGAACCCGGAGGGCGUGGUGGUGGCCAAGCACCGAAAGGUGCACCUCUUCGACAUCGACGUCCCCGGCGGAAUCACCUUUUUCGAGUCGGAAACCCUCAGCCCGGGCUCGUCGGUCUCCCACUUUGCGACCCCCUUUGGAGAGAUCGGGGUCGGGAUUUGCUACGACAUCCGGUUCGCCGAGUACGCCAUGCUGCUGCGGCAGAAACACAACUGCUCGGUCCUGGUGUACCCGGGCGCCUUCAACAUGACGACCGGGCCGGCGCACUGGGAACUCCUCCAGAAGGCGAGGGCCCUCGACAACCAGUGCUUCGUCGUGACCGCGUCCCCCGCUCGGUCGGAAGAGCCUCCGGCCGGCGGCGAAACCGACGCGGGGUACCCCCACUACACGGCCUGGGGGCACAGCACGGUGGUCUCGCCCUGGGGCGACGUCGUUGCCACCACGGACGAAACCGAGGGCAUCGUGGUUGCCGACCUGGACCUCGGCCGGCUCGCCGAGGUGCGGGCCGGGAUCCCCAUCCAGAACCAGCGGAGAACGGACCUGUACGCGCUGGAAGACCUGUCGUAGCAGGCGCGCCGGAUCGGUCAUGGGUUUGCGCACAACGAUUCAUAGCUGAGCUGAUAAUGCUCGUAUGCAACUUGUUGAAAGAAAAAUCUUUGUUUCCUUCUUCAAACAAACGAAAAUGACGAACUAGAAGCAGCCGGAGCGACAACAUUUCUACUGGACUAAAGUAGCUUUGGUAAACGACAACAGCAUGUUUGUGAUUUGUGUUAUUUCCUCGGCCUUGCAACAAAUAUCAAAUGUAGUCCAUCAUCGAUAUUGCGAACAGCAAAAACCGACUGAAAUGUGUAUUGUAGUGAUUGGUGUAUGCAUUGCUGUUGCGUUGGUGGGGUUGAAUCCUAUGGUGUGUAUGUAUUGUUGUGUUAUUUAUGCAGCAGUCUCUAAAUAUGCAAUCGUCCGUAAUGUUCCAUCCCACACCAAUAGUCGCCUUGGUCUUCUCAUCCUGCAAGUCCGCAGCAGCAUUGUUCAUAAUGAGAGGCGGCACCAUUUCGAUUUUUUCUGCCCCCGUCUUGACUAGCAUACCUUCUCCUCUUCGUCCAAGAAUACUGCAUCCCUAUCACACCUCCCGAUUGCUACCAAACCAAGCACUUGCUGUUAUCAUGCUCGAGCCGAACCACCAGAUUGCCCCAUCUCCCGUGAACGUUCGAUAGCGGCCGACUCAACGGGAUUUUUUCGUGCGACGUGUCCUUUUGUGUUUUGC